AAUUAAAUGCAUGUGGACUGCAACUAAAACAAAACGAGCGUGCUUUUGAUGACAUCCAAGCAAUUUCUCAUCUUCAUUUUGUUGCUGCUGCCAUGGCCACCCACCAAUGUAAUCAAGAUACUCUGCUCCAGAGAUAACAGCCGGCUGGUGCGCAAGAUAGUGCGCUCCAAAUGGACGCCCAUACUGGACAAGCAUCAAGUCAAAUUGCCUUUGGAGUGUCCGCUGCAUGCCUUGCGCGAUGUCUUUGCGCCACGUCAGGCGGAGAAGCAGCGUGAUCGUCCCACGCAGUGGACUUGCCGGCUCUGCGGCAAGAGUUUCUAUCAGGAGAAGUACUUGGAUUUGCACUUUGAGGCGCGUCACAAGUCGCUCAUCAAUGUGGAGGAGACGGCCGUCUGCUUGGCUGAUUUCUGUGACAUUAUGCGCUGCGAGGUGUUUCAAACAGAGGAUGCUUCUAGUCUAAAAUUCGGUGAUCAGCAUAUAGUUACAGACAUAGAAGUUUGGGGUGACUCCUUGGGACAGAAUUCCGCGUUGGCCAAAGCGAAUGCCGCCUACAUGAGUUUAAUACCAAGGACUUCCACAUUGAGUGCCACGCGUGCAGCCAAAGUACAAAAUCGUCAAUUACUCCCAGAGCAGCCAAGUCAAGGCGCAGCGCAGUCUAGCGCCGAGGAUGCCAGCAAGAAAUCUGCAGGCGAGAAGCUGCUGCUAAAGCUUAAAGAACUAGGGCAAGGGCAUUUAAAACGCGCGCCAGAUCCAGCAGCAGCGGCGGAGGCGGAGUCAGAGCAGUCGCCAGUGCCAGCGCAGCAGAAUGAAACAGAGCAGCAGGCGGAGCUGGAUGGCGAGCAACAGCCGCAGGCAGAACAAACUGCUGAGAGUCACGCAGAGGCAACAGCAACAACAGCGCCCGAAGCGGAGCAGGAAGGCGUUGGCCAAAGCAAAGUGCGUGCCAAUUGCAAGGCAGAGGAGCUGAGCAAGCUCAAGGCACGCUGCGAACUUUUGCUGCGCGGCUGCAUUGGCAGCUUGCUGCUCUCCAUGUCGGAUCAAUCGUUUCGCGAGCUGGAGGAGGAAAUGAACAAGGCGGUGUGCUGGUAUCUAACCUGUGAUCGCUACUGGGAGGAUGGUCCACUCGAACCACGUGCCUUUCCUUGGGGUCUCAUUGUCAUACUCAUCUUUGUGCUCUCCACGGGCAUUUGCUUUUGUUAUUACAUCAUCUGGAUACUGUUUGACUCCGAAGAAACGACAAUCAAUGCCAAUCAUUAUGCAGGCGCCGUAGCCGGCGGCAGCAUCUACAUGCCUGCCCCCCAGCACCAUUACCAUGUCGACUAUGCCACACAACAGGACUUGGACGCCGCCGUUACGUUGGAGCAACAGCAGCAGCAGCAGCAAUACUAUUACCAACAGCAACAGCAGCAGCAGCAGCAGCAGCAGCAACAACAGCAGCAGGCGGGAGCUCGAGAUUUGUACCCCGAACAAGUUCAAUAUCAUCGGCACAGUCCGCGUCACUACAUCGCCGAUCAACGUCCCACACUGGCGUCGAGUGCGUCCGUGGGCCAGGGCACGCCUACGACAUCGGCCGGCGUCCGGCAAGCGGUGGGAACAUCCUCCAACGCCAGCACACCGCUCCACCGGCACUCGACGAGCCUGGGCUACCCACAGGACAUUUUAGACCGACGCGACUAUACAAGUAGUGGGCGCACCAUGAGCUCCGCCAUGGAGCCGCCGCCACGUCACUAUAAUACGCAUCCGCGACCGCUAGAGACGCGACAUCGCCACGUUGGCUCAUCGCAGCAAUCGCUGCGCGCCUCCUCCUCCACGCACGAGAUUGUGCAGUCGGAGCUGGGCGGACAGAAUGAGCACUAUAUCUACGUCACGUAUCCGCCGGAUCUGAAGAAGCGCUACUUCGAGUAAGUACGAGCAGCGCGUUCAUUUAGCACUCGAGCACGCUCUUCCCAGUGCAAGGGACGCAGGACGGGAAGUGAGAGAAACCAAAAGCAAGAGCAAAAGCAAAACCAAAGGCGUCCUUCUUAGGAGGCAUCACAUCCUAAAUCCAGUUGGCUUUUUAUUUUAUAUAUUCAAAGCCUGCAAAUUCUAGAUUUGUGAACUGUGCUGUUUUUUCGAAACAAAA